AUGGGUCCUCCUGUCAAGUGGAGCCUCAAAUUUCAAGGCAUCGCUCUUCUUGAGCUCACUUUACGACUCUCUUCACAAUCCAUUCAUCCGGUGUUACGUCGUCCCACGGUCGUCCUACUACUCGAAUAUAUACGCAAGGUUUUGAUUACAAUCUCUUCCUCUCCUCUGUGCCAAGAUCUGCACCGCCGGAUAAUAUACUCGGUCUGCUGGCUUUUCAUCGACGAGUCCAAGAAUAGCUUCAUUUGGCGAGUCCAGCGCCCAGACUCGGCUGCAGGCGGAUACAAGAGGAGACAGGGUCGCCGAUAUCGCUCACCGGUGGUGCUUAUAGUCAAUGCGAGCAGGGGCGAUUGCAAGAAUAUACACGACCCCGAUUGUGUUUCUCACAAGAUGACUUCGACGUUGGACAUACAUCAUCUCAAUGGCAACCCUUCCUCCGAACGUAUCUUCAUCGUUGGAGGAGGCAUAGUCGGUGCAGCGCUCGCUUUCUAUCUUUCCCGCGAUCUCUCCAGUACCAACAAACGCCAAAUCGUCAUUGUUGAUCGAUGCUUGAAGAAGUCCCUCGGCUCUACGGGCCAUGCACCGGGAUUCGUGGGUCAGCUCAAUGAGUCACCUGUACUGACUCAACUCGCAAAAGAGACUGUCUCAGAGUAUCUUUCAAUUCCCGGUGGCUUCAGCCGUGUUGGUGGGCUGGAGCUUUCAUCAAGCCCCUUGGGUGUGGAGGCCUUGCAUCGUCGGUGCGAGAUGGCGCGUGCUGCUGACUUACCCGCUGAAAUACUCACACCUGAGACUGCAGCUUCUCUUGCUCCGGACUUCAUUGACCCCGAGUCGGUGGAUAUUGCAUUGCAUUUUCCAUCUGAUGGAACUGCGAACGCGCAGAAAGUUACAUCAUAUUAUCUUGAUCAAGCGCGGAUCCAAGGAGUGGAUUUUCUGGAGGCCAACGUCACUGGGUUCACAAGAUCGUUUAUCGAGGACGAAAAAGCCGAAAUGAAAGCUAUUCAGACGGCGGAAGGGGACAUUAGCCUUACAGGCAGUACCGUCAUCCUGGCUUCUGGGAUUUGGACUUCGCCGUUGAUCGCCUCUGCUCACGCCUCCAAACAACAAGUCACACAAGCUCCCAUUCCCAUUGUCCCCGUAGCACAUCCCUACACAUUUACCCCGCCUCGGCCUCCCCGUUCUGGAAUUCCAUACCCAUUCGUUCGCUGGCCAGAUCAUCAUGUCUACGCCAGAGAUCACGGUGAUCGCGAUGGUCUUGGCAGCUACAACCAUGCUCCGAUCCAGCUAGAUCCAACUACUACAGCCAUCGGAGCCUGGCCAUCGGAAUUCGAUCAGGUCCUGUCCGAAGCCACUUCGCAUCUGAAGAAUGGGAACGAAUUCCAGGUGCGAGGGUCUGCGGGCGACUCGGACCCCUGGCUUGCCAAGGAACCAUUCAAUGGAAUCUUCGCGGUUACCCCCGAUAACCUACCGCUAGCAGGAAAGGUGCCUGAUGUUGCAAAUCUGUGGAUCUGCGCUGCAAUCUGGGUUACCACCGCUGCCGGCACUGCAAAGCUGAUAUCGAGGGAGAUUUGUCGUGAAGCUGGGACUGCUUCAUCUCCUGAAGAUAAGCUCCUUCUAGAGGCUCUGGCCCCUGCUCGUUUCCAGGGUAGCGAGUUGGACUUACUUACUCAGCAGGCAUUGAGGAAGUACAACGACAUCUACAAUCGCAAAACCUAG